GCGCGCCGGCAGUUCGGCCACGUCCCUGGCCACGUCGCGCCCGCUCUCGCCAUCUUCGCCGCUUCCUCUGUGGGGCCGCCGCCGCUGCCGCUGCCUGAGCCGCGAGCCCGGGGCCGCCGCGCCGACCGCCGCCGCCAUGAACAUCUUCCGGCUGACCGGGGACCUGUCCCACCUGGCGGCCAUCGUCAUCCUGCUGCUGAAGAUCUGGAAGACGCGCUCCUGCGCCGGUAUUUCUGGGAAAAGCCAGCUUCUGUUUGCACUGGUCUUCACAACUCGUUACCUGGAUCUUUUUACUUCAUUUAUUUCAUUAUAUAAUACGUCUAUGAAGCUCAUCUACAUUGCCUGCUCCUAUGCCACAGUGUACCUGAUCUACAUGAAAUUUAAGGCAACCUACGAUGGAAAUCACGAUACUUUCCGAGUGGAGUUUCUGGUGGUCCCUGUGGGUGGCCUCUCAUUUCUAGUCAAUCAUGAUUUCUCUCCUCUUGAGAUUUUGUGGACCUUCUCCAUCUACCUUGAGUCCGUGGCUAUCCUACCGCAGCUCUUCAUGAUCAGCAAGACUGGGGAGGCCGAGACCAUCACCACCCACUACCUGUUCUUCCUGGGCCUGUAUCGCGCUUUGUAUCUGGUCAACUGGAUCUGGCGCUUCUACUUUGAGGGUUUCUUUGACCUCAUCGCUGUGGUUGCUGGCGUUGUCCAGACCAUCCUGUACUGCGACUUCUUCUACUUGUACAUUACAAAAGUACUCAAGGGAAAGAAGCUCAGUCUGCCAGCGUAAGUGCCAAAGACCAUCACCAGCAUCUGUCCUUCAGGGUGCUCGGACAGAAUUCUUACCACAGCAAAGGCACAAGAUGCUUGAUACGGAAAAUCAGAAACUUCACUCUUUUGUUGCAGAUAGUCAUCAGUGGCUCUGUGAGAACCCAGAGGGAAAGAACCAGAAGGUUUCUGUUUAAUGCAUCUUGCCUUAUCUUUUUUUAUUACAAUGUACAAAGAUUUUUUUACACAAAGAAACAAUGCUGUAUUAAUAAAGUCAGUGUGUAGCUUCAAUUGGGGUAGUUCCAAAAGUGAAGAUUUUGUGAGGAAUAAGUGCAAAUUUUUUUUUUUUUAAUUCUUUGAAAUUGUUGAUUCUUUGUGUCUGCAAUGAAAUCGUACUUCUUGACAGUUGGUAGAUUAUAUAUUCUUCCAUCUAUCAAACUUACAUUCCACUAUAUUUAUUUUUUUUGCCAAAAGAUGGGUUAUCUUUAUUUGAAAUCUGAGACACUAUGUCCAAUUUGGUACAUCUGUUCAAAUCACUUCCCACCUGAUGUGGAAAUCCUUCCUUGGACGUCACAACACUACAUUUAAGGCUGGUAAGGAUGACUUGCCAAUCUUAAGGUUUUCAUUACCAAAAUUUUUAGGUUCUGAAUGUCGAUGGAAUCUCGUUUAAGAGUCACCAAAGGUGCCUGUCCUCCUCCCCUGCUAAGAAGUGUCAGUUUGAGACUGUCCCAAGAGCAUCAAAGAACUCAGUGGGCAGGGGCUCUGGGCUGCCUGCCAUCUGAGCGUGAGGUGCGAGAAACAUGCGUGAUUCUUUUGGAUCUAGGACUCCUCUGAGGAAUGGAACACAAGCAGUUACUUUAAUUUACAGCUCCAAAAGAUCACUACAGCCAUGCCUGUACUCAGAUUCAGUUGGUUUUCUGUAUCACUUUUGGACUGCAAAAUGAGUUACUUUUUUUUUUCAUUGGCAGCACCAAUUGCCAUUCCUUUUCCUUUUACUUUUUUUGGUUGUUUUUUGUUUUUACUGAGCUCUUGCAUGAUUUAUCUUGUGUUACCGUCCUAAAUAAACAUUUUAUUAAACAUAG